GACUGGACUUGAACACUAGACUUCACAUAUUGAUGCGCCGGAUCCCUUCAUCACCAGAACUCGAAAUUAAUUGUUGCAUUUAUAUGUCCUUGAUACUCCAUUGAAGGACCUUCAGCUCUGCGAACAUUCUAGCCCCUGGAAUCUCGAAGACAGUUGCCUUCCCAAAGAGCCUCAAAAUGGUCGUCUUCGCACUCAUAAUAAUAAACAAAGCCGGAGGAUUAAUCUACCAACGCGACUUCGCAGAAGGACUCAACAAACUCUCCAUAAACGACUACCUCGUCCUCGCCGGCACAUUUCACGGAGUCCACGCAAUAACAACCCGCCUCAACCCGCUCCACCAACACAACCUCCCUCCCUCCACCUCCGACGUACGACCCGACCCUCCUUCAGGAAUCGAAGUCCUGGAGACAGAGAACUUCCGCCUACAAUGCUUCUCGACUUUGACCGGGACGAAGUUUCUGCUGUUUACGGAACCGCAGCAGCCGAAUGUUGAUAAGAUCGUUGGGAGGAUAUACGAGUUGUAUUCUGAUUAUGUGAUGAAGAAUCCGUUUUAUCAGUUGGAGAUGCCGGUGAGGUGUGAGAGUUUUGAUAGGAAAUUGGUGCAGUAUGUUAGGCCGUUGAAUAGUAGGUGAGGGAAUGGAGAUAGGAUGGAAUAUGGGUAUAAGAGAAUACUGGCUGGGCGUGGAGAAAGGUCUGGUCAAGCUAUAGACUUGGAGAGGCAUGCUAUGACAGAGGAUCAACGAGCAGAAGGCCAAGCGCAACCUUCGGAAUAGAAGGCAGAGGGAAUGCUGCUCAGAG